CUGGGAUCCUCCCCCAGAUUUCUGGCGUCACGAAGUUGAUGACAGCCGAAGAUUAAUCUCCAAGAAUCGUAUUUUGGGAAUUUAUUGUGAGUUCACUAAAUAAUGGCUGAUUUAAAGCUUGUGUCGUGUUUCUGUUUAUUGGCAUUCCUACAGAUGAAGAAUCAUUUUACAGAAGGAUGUGGUAGACCAAGUUCUCGACAACCAGGUGGAAAGAAAACAGGAGCAUAUCCUGACUGUAAUUUCACAAAUGGUUUUGGCGGUUGGGCCGACCAAGAUGAUGGUCGCUGGAAGAUAGUCAACUCAACAAGUAGUGAUGCUGGAAUAUUAACAGGAAGACAAGGUGUUGGUGAUAAUUUUGCAAUGAUUGCCUCUUCAUCAUCUUGGUCUAGAUAUGCGAAGCUCUACAGUCACGACAUCACAGGGUCUGUUUGCAUGAGGUUUUAUUUUUAUCUUUAUGGAAAAGAAACGGGAUAUUUGAAAAUCAAAACAAGGGUAAAGCAUAGUGAUUAUGAAAUAACCAAGUUCACCCGCUAUGGGAGUCAUGGCCACAAAUGGAACCUUGCUCGUAUUUUCCUGAAUUUUGCUCGAACUACUAUUUAUCAGAUCAUUAUUUUUGUAAAUGUCGGGGAUUCUAAGUCGAUCAUUGCUAUAGACGACAUCUCAUUCCAAAAUCAUACUUGUGAUCAUUUGCCGAAAGCCAGUGUCGACUUCAACUGCACAUUUGAUUCGGGCAUUUGUGGAUGGAAUGUAGGAUAUUCCGACUCACGGUUUGAUCGAGAUUUAAACCAGUACGUUCUUAGCCUCGUUCAAGCAACGUUAAGAAGUCCAAGAAUUUUUGAACGUGAUGUCUGCUUCACUUUUCAAUAUCAUGUAUACAAAUUUACGAGUAAAAAACAGCCUGGGAUAUUUGUAUUCAUUAAGGAUGCAAAUAAUAGUCAGUUGCUUCCAAUGUGGAGUAAACGAGGAUAUUAUGACCGCGGAAAAUGGCAUACAGUGAAGCUUAGGCUAAGAUAUGAGAACGGUUUUCAUCAAGUGGAAAUACGGAACGUUCCUAGCUCUUUAACAUAUUUUGCGAAUUUUUACAUUACGUCAGAGAUUGGCGAUUGCAAUGGCAUUGUAGAUGAAAAGAUAUUUUUCGUCUCCAUCAGGAAGACAUCCCCAGUGCAACACAGGAUUUCUGAAGACGGCGUUUAUUGUGAUAACUAUCCAACAUCAGAGUUUAUUGCCAGGACUAUUCCAAGCAAAGAUUACCCGAAACCCAUGUAUUUAUUUGAUGAUUCGCAGCAUGUAGUAUUCAGGCAGAGUGACAAACGAAUGGGGGAUGAUUUAGUCAGUUAUUUCUACGUCAGCAUGGCUCGACAUCAAGACAGUUCUGCAAUUUAUUACAAGAUGCAAAGUGAUAUGUAUGGACAGUAUAUUUCAGAGUGCAGGACAACUGCACUCGAUGGAAACUGGACGGAAAAUGUUGUAUAUGUGAAGAAUCAUGAAAUUCAUAAAGACAAUGGAGAUUGUCCUCCUGGUUACCUUUCACUUGGCAAGAAAGACAAGUGUUUUUGGCUAAUGUGCGAUGACUCUUCAAAUCCUGAAUCAAGAUGCUCAGAGAAACUCGGAACUCUGGCAUCGCUUGACGCAGUUAGCACGAAACGUGCGACUGAAUAUCUCAAGUACAUCAAAGCCACAAGCAUUGGAAUCAAUCAGGUCACAAUUGGUUUGUCAAACGAUGGUCAUCGGUGGAUUUGGAGAGACGGACGAGUUUAUGAUGACAGUGAUGGUCUUCUAUUUGGUAGGAAUAUCAGCACGAAAGCAUUUUUGUACUGGAAGGAAGAAAAUAAUUCAUGGGUACUAAAAAGCGGUGAACCUAAUGGAGUUCGACUUCACUUCUGUGAGGAGCAAGGAGAGAAUAUUGCGUACAAUUCUGGAUCAAAUCAAUCAAGUACUGCCUUGGAGUUAUCUUCACACUUUGCUGUAGAUGGACUUCCUUGCACAUACAGUUCAACAAAACUACUUGGAAAAAGCUCCUCAAAUUCCUGGUGGAAAGUGGAGCUUGGCGACGAAAAGGAAAUAUAUCUUGUGCAGAUUACUUGGCGCGUAGAGUCAAAGAUUGAUAAAGCCACUGUCAGCUUAGAAAGAGAUGAUGCUCUACCAAACUUUGUAAAGGAAGUAACGUCGGAUGAGAAAAGUAUAAUUACAUGUGGACCACCAUUGCCUGCCCGCUAUCUCAAGAUUGAAAGGGAGAAAGACGCGGUGGAGAUUUUUGAAGUGGAUGUACAUGCCACGGAUUCCGUUUUGAAUGAUAUACGAGGUGUUAUGCAAACGGCUGGUGCAAGCAAACAAGCCAUACUCACAACUGAUCAUGUGUUUGAACUUGCGUCAUCUUUUAAAGCUCAGACAGAGACAUACAAAAUGCAGAAAUUAGAAGCUUACGUUUUGGUUCCGUAUGACGGCGUCUACAACUUCGCCUUCCGUGGCCAUGUCGAUGCAGAUUUAAUUAUUUCUGGACACAAGGAUGCAGAUGAUAGUUUGAUGGAGCAUUCAUUUAACGAAUCGUCCGGACAAUUGUCCUUCACGAUGAGAAGGUCCUCAAUCAUUCUGCUAGAAGCUUGCAAGUUUUAUUAUGUAAAACUGUUGACAUCUUUAACGUAUUUUUCCAAUGAGAUCACUCUUAAUAUUGAAUAUAAGAACAGUUCAAAUUGGAUGCCGAUUGAAGCGACAGAAAAUCUUUUCUGGGUACUACCAGGUCAACUUGAAGUUAAAUUAUCAGUCGACAACAGCACGGAGGAAAGCGUGUUCUUAUCCUACCCAGUUAACCUAACAGGUCGUUAUAGAAUCAAAUGUUUGGGGCUGUAUUGCGGUGACUGUCCUUUGGUAAUAUUCAUAUAUUUUUCUGGUCAUAUUGAGUGCGUUGUUACUUCAAGUCGCAGUAUCGCGCAAACUGACAAGAUUUCUCUUCGUGUGGCCAAGAAAUGGUUCGCUUUCCCUGGUCUGCAACCUAUUCGAAUGGGUUACAAAACGAACGAGGAUUGUCAAUCCAUCAAGGCGAACACAGGAAGCUUGAAUUUGUCCGACGCUUUAGGUUUACAAGAAGUUGGAAAAAUUAAUGUGAAGGCUCUCACAUUAAUUGCAUGUGGCUUCACGCAGUCAAAAUUUUGUCAAAUUCGAGGAAAGAACAGUACAGUCGUUAUCAAUGGUUGGAGUCCUACUGAAGACGUCGAUCAGAAAGGCCACAAAGUGAACGCUCUGACUAUGAGAGAGAACAUGAUUACCCAUUUUUCGUACGUUGGGGUUCCGUACAACUGGAUUGUGAAACGAACAGGGAUUUGCAGUAUCAGUGAGCCAAACUCUACUGUCGCCAUAGCAAAUAUUUUGAUCACAACAGAACAUUGUAAAGACGAUAGUGGCGUGUUCCCUCAUUUUGCUGACCCAGACAGUAAAUGCGACUCGAGCAAAUAUUUUCUUUGUGACAACGGGGAAUGCAUCGGUCAUAGUUAUGUUUGUGAUGGAGAUCCCAGGUGUGCUGAUAAAUCCGAUGAAAAAGAUUGUGAAUGUCUCGCUAGUCAAUUCAGGUGUUUGGGUUCGGGAGAAUGUGUAGAAAAAAGAUUCAUGUGCAAUGGAAUUGCAAACUGCGGUGAUGGAAGCGAUGAAAAAGAUUGUUACAAAGGUUGUGAUCCUAAGCAAUUUUACUGUCCUAGUGGUUUGUGUAUCCCUUGGAAUUCUACCUGUAAUGGAGUACGGGAUUGUCCGGAUGGAGCCGAUGAACCGAAUCAGACUUGUAAUCUUAACGAUCUUGGUUGCUUGGAUCAUGUGAGAUCUGAGGAGUUGUGUGCGAAAACACUAGCGAAUUGUGAUUUCGAGAGAGGACUGACUUCGUGUCAAUGGCAUCAAGUCAAUGACGGAAGCGAUGAUUUUGAUUGGUCGAUUGGUAAAGGUGAGACCUCGUCUAAGAACACUGGACCAAUGACUGAUCACACAACUGGCUCUAAAGAAGGCUCGUAUAUCUACAUCGAAGCCAGCUCACCGAGAGUGGCCGGUGACAAAGCAACUCUUAACGCUGGACCGUUUAAAAACGUGCGAAAAACGACAAUUUCCAAAGAACAAGGAAACAAAACGUUGAACUGUUCAAAUCUCCACGCCGUUAUUCACAUUCUUCGAGUCAAACUAAAUCCAGUCAACCCAGACACUCUUGGAUCAGGUCUACCUAAAAACGCUUGCGAGAAAAAACCUAAUGUUACCAUCCAACUACAGAGUAUGUGUCAAUUCCAAACCUGGUGUAGUUUAUCUGCAAAAUCGAUACGCGACAAUUGCUUUCAUGAAAGAGAUAAUUUGACAGUUUUGUAUAAAUGUGUUAAGAAGGCGAAUGGAAUAAAUCCAGGUCAGUUUUAA